AUGUCUUCUAUGGACUCACAGGAAGUUCCAUUAGAAGAAGAAUCACAAUCAAAAAAUACUCAAGAAUUAAAUUCAUCUUCCACAACUGUCAAGUCUCCUCUAUUAACGUUGGAUCAAAUUUUAACUGAAACCGAUUUACUGACAUAUGUUAGUAAAAUAAAAAAAUCCACGUCAUUACCCUAUGAGCGACAACCUCAAAUAAUUGCAUCGAAAAUUAUUCUUGCACUACAAUAUUAUUCGAAAAAAAAAACAACAAAACAGAAAAAAUUUGAUGCAUUAUGUUUUUAUAAAACCUAUUUACAGAAAACGAUUGCAAUGAUACAGGCAGAAAGAUAUUACGAUCAAUCAAAAAUAUUGAAUGAAUUAGAAAUUCAAAUAUAUUUACAUCUAACAUUGAUAUCAAAAACAAAACGUUUAUCAACGAGUGAUUGGAUUAAAGAGGUUUCAAAUUUACUUCGUUGGGGCGAAGAAAAAAGUUUAUUAUCAAUUGAUGAUUAUAUGAAACGAAAAUUAAUACCGUAUUUUAAUACUAAAGUUCCAUUGAUCAUCUCUGAAUUAUCUGAUGAAGUUGGUUAUAACGGUGUAAACGUAUUUAAUAAUAUCAAUAAUUCUUCAAUAUCCUCUACAACUUCAUCAAAUAACGAUGACAUCGAUUCAGAAUCUUCUUCUAUGACUAAAACGAUGACAACCAAAUUUCGUCGUGAAAUAUCAUUUUUAUCUACAACAAGUGCAACUCAAGAAAAUACAACAUCCGAUUCUCAACUUGAUAGUAUUAGUCGUACGAGUCAAAGUCAACAUUUUAGUCAACGAAAUUUAUCCACAUCAUCAUCUUAUAAUUACAUAUCGAAAAAACAAAAAGUAAUGGUUAAUUUAAAUAAUCGGACAACGAAAAAACAACAACCAUUGACAACGACAUUACUGAACAGAACUGUUAGUUUCAAAUUAAAUCAGAAUGAGACACAAAGUGCCAAUGAUGAAAAUAAACCAACGAAAAAACAAGUGAAUUGGUGUCACAAUACUUUAGUAAAUACUCCAAAGAAAAAAUCUCGUUGCUCAUCAACACGUUUUCCGAAACAACAACCACUAUUAACUCCGACAACUCAAAUCGAUGAAGAUAAUGAGACACAAACAUCGACGACAAAAUAUGUUAUCUGUGAAACCCCAUCGAAAGAUUUAGAUGAUAAGGAAGUUGAUUCAGUUUCCACGACAAAAACAAUAACACCAAAACGGAUACAACAUUUAAUAAAACGGUUAACAUCCAAAACAAAUUUGCAAAAUACCAGUACUGGUGUUACUCUAAACAAUGAUUCACAAGCUGUUUCAUUUGAUAGUAGUCAACAACAACAACGUUCAUCUUUAACUGGGGGUUUAUCUCGAGUAGCUUUACAUACAACGAGAUGUAAAUAUGUUUUAAGAAGAUAUGUUAGAGAAACACUAUCACAACAGACAGACGUAUUGGACAAGAAAGUAUCGACAGAACAAGAAAUUAGUAGAUGUCGUCUUUUGAUUGACUCGCCUUCGAUCAUGUCCAUUUCUCAAUCCAAUAAAAUCCCAGUUAUUGUUCAACAAACUCAUGCUCAAUCAUCACCCGAAAAAUUACGUCUUGUUUCAAAACGUUUAUUUCAAUCACCCGUACGAACAUCACCAUUAAGACGAAGUUGUCUCAAACGAAAUUGUUCACAAACAAGUUUGAAUGAAGAUUCAACAACGAAACUAGCUGAUAAAUCAACUAUUGUAAAACGAAAACGCUUAUUUAGUCCAUUGAAAUCACCUGCUCAUUGA